UCCAUUCCCAUUCCCACCUCUUUACUUCGCAUCCCCUCUUCCAACAUUCCCAUAUCUUUUCUGUUCCUCACAAUACCCCGAGUUCCUUCGUCAACUCUCGUCUCAAAGCUUCAUCUCUGACCCUCCGGAACCCCUCCGUCUCGACCCGAGGUCCAACUUUAACCCAUAAAACGAUCCUCAAUUGAAACUCCUACCCAUUUCUCCAAUACUUUCUUUCUCCUCUCUUCACCAGCAAACAUCUAAUAUUCCGCGUCACAAUCUUACAUCAUGGCAACCAACGGUGCAGUUCAGCAGGAGAAGAUCAAUACAGACAUCAUAACCCUCACUCGUUUCCUCACAGAAGAACAGUCAAAACACAAGGAAGCCACUGGAGAUUUUACACUACUCUGCCAUGCCCUGCAAUUUUCCUUCAAAUCGAUAGCCUACUACAUCCGACGAGCAACUCUCAUCAACCUCACAGGCCUCGCAGGCUCCAGCAAUACCACAGGCGAUGACCAGAAGAAACUCGAUGUCAUUGGCAAUGAUCUGUUCAUAGCAGCCAUGCGCUCGUCCGGAAAGUGCGCCGUUCUCGUUUCCGAAGAAGAGGAGGAGGCCAUAUACUUCCCAGAACACGAAGGAGCUCGGUAUGCAGUGGCAUGUGAUCCUAUCGAUGGCUCCUCCAACUUGGACGCUGGAGUCUCAGUUGGCACGAUUUUUGGAAUCCAUAAGCUGCCAGAGGGAUCGAAGGGUACAAAGGAAGAUCUACUGAAGCCAGGAACGGAAUUGGUCGCUGCGGGGUUCACUAUGUACGGUGCUUCGGCCCAAUUGGUCAUUACCAUGAAGGGCAGCACUGUCAAUGGCUUCACGAUGGAUAACGCGCUCGGAGAAUUCAUUCUUACCCACCCGGAUAUGAGAAUGCCAAAAUCGAGAGCCAUCUACUCAGUCAACGAGGGUAACUCCUUGUACUGGGAGGAGCCAACCAAGGCAUACUUCAACUCCUUGAAGUACCCCACUCAGGAAGGAGGAAAGCCGUACUCUGCGAGAUACAUCGGUAGUAUGGUUGCUGACGCAUACCGGACUUUGCUUUAUGGUGGUAUCUUUGCCUACCCUGCGGAUAAGAAAAGUCCCAAAGGAAAGCUGAGAAUUCUCUAUGAGUGUGCUCCUAUGGCGAUGGUAUUCGAGAAUGCUGGUGGACAGGCUUUGGACAGCAAGAUGAACAGACUGAUGGAAGUUGUACCCGCGCAUAUCCACGACAGAUCGGGCAUUUUCAUGGGUAGUUAUGAUGAGAUGGAGAAGGUCAAAUCCUUCCACAAGUGAGCUUUGUUUUGGGAAUGUUUAGGCUGGAUUGGAUUUGAUCUUGUUGGGCAGCAAUUUGUUUCACAGAUUGUAAUGCAUCAUGAGGAGUACUCGGAGAAUGAUAAUCGUGAGAUGAUAUGAGAUAGCAAAUUGAAGUCCAGUCCAAACGCUUUCG